AAACAGGAUUCUCUCUUCUGCUUCCGUUUUGAUGAUCUGACCCAUUUUUGUGCUAAGCUUUUCGCUUCGAUCUCGACCUAAUCAGCGAAAUUACCCGCUGAGAGAAAGAGUUAUGGAGGCAGAGCACCCGAAAAGGGACGGGAAGAAACUCAAACAGCUGGGUCAUCAUGAUCGAGGUGAUCGGGAUCAUGACAUCAUCAUCGGCAGUAGCAGGUUCGACGAUCUUCCCGACGACAUUCUGCAUCGCGUUCUCUCCUUCCUCGACAUCAGAUUCGCCGUCCAGACAAGCGUGCUGUCGGGGAGAUGGAGGAAUCAAUGGAAAGACGGCAUCUCCGCCCUCCGCAUCUCCAAAACCUCCGUCGGCGCCGCCACUUCGGCGGAAUUCAGAGACUACGUUUCCAGGAUCCUCCAAUCCCUCCGCUCCCACCACGAACCCAGCACCGUAACCAGCAUCAGCUUCCAGUUAUCCAGCACUUCGAAAAAGGAUGUGAAACUCUUCGACUCCGUCAUGAAAUACGCUUCCUCCACUGGCCGCCGCAGUCUCCGGGAUCUGUCCAUCUCUUGGGACAGACAGUACCCGGACAGCUGGGUGCGCUUCAACAACCUCGCCGGCUACCUCGCUGCUCAGUCUCUCGAGGCUCUGAGCUUGGACGGGGUGUGUUUUGGCGCGGGUUCAGUUGACAUUCCUAGUUGCGGCGGAUUCCGUUCGCUGACGACGCUGGAGCUGAGCAAUUGCAAUUUCAGCCAGUACCCUGGUUCUGAAUACUACCUGCUUUCUUUCGAGAAUCUGCCGGGUUUGAAAUGCUUGAAGCUGCUCUCCUGCAUGGAGAUGAACUCCGUGGCGGUGUCCGUGCCCCAUCUGUUGGAGCUGGAGAUUCGGUGUCCUUGCCACUGGCAUUUCGCUCCCCGUGAGGUGGUUGCUCCGAAGCUCCGGUCUCUCGAGUUCUCCGGCGAUGUGAGGAACCUGGAGCGGCUUGAUAGUCGUUUUCGCCUCCCUUACCUCGACCAUGCCAGCAUCCGCCUCGUCUGGAGGGAGUCGGUGGAAGCGCAUGUGAGGAGGACGGUAGGAGAACUGAAUCGUACAUUUGAAAACUUCCUGGUUGGAUUGCGCAACGUGAAGUCCCUACAUUUGUGUUUUCGCCUCUCGUUUACUAGAUUGGAAACGUUGAGGGUCCAAUGUCCUGGAGAAUCACCACCGGGCGGGAAUGAUCGAGUGAUUUGCUAUCAUUUUGAAGGCUCUCGAGGUGUUGAAGAAAAUAUAUGUUAAUGUUGGUUAGUCUUUUGACUCUUGAACAACAACCCAUAUUGGUUUUGUUCCUUGAAAAGAAAGAGAUCCAUUAAUGUCUAUUUUGGGGUGUCUGAUCCUACCUUGGGAAGCUACCGGUUGUUAGAGAGGUCAUCUCAAUAAUUGUUUUUCGAAAUCUCCCUCGUGUUAUCUUUGAAGGCAAUUCAUGAUGUGGUAAUUCGAUAGCUUUGUCUAAGUAUGGUAGCGGAUUCACUAUUGCGAGGAUUCCUGAUCCCAGAGUGCCAUAAGAUCAUCUCCUAUGCUUUUCAAAUAUAGCUCGUCAAUAUAAGAUUUUAUCGAAA